AUGUCAGAUACACUUGCUGAGAUAGGCCAAAGACUUGAACGGUUGAAGAGCAACACUUUUGAGAAUUCUAUAUCAGCUAGUGCCCAGACUAGCAGUGUAGAAGAGGACAAUAGUUCUUCUAGCCCAACGAGUGUAGAUUCUUUUGAUAACUCUAAUUCUGACAGAGAAGAAGAGAUGGCUGGCAAUAACGAUGACAAUCGAGCUUUGGAAGAUUAUGCUCAACCGGUUAUACCAAAUUCCCCUUCCUGCAUCUUGCUGCCUACUGAAGCUAGAAAUUAUGAUCUCAAAUCUUCACAUUUUCACAUGCUUCCUUCUUUUUAUGGUUUACCUAACGAAGAUCCAUUAGCCCAUAUUAAGGAAUUCUACAAUGUUGUGAGUGGUUUACCUUUGCAGGGAGUGAGUGAAGCAAAUCUGAGGAUGAGGGUUUUUCCUUAUACAUUGAAAGAUAGAGCAAAGGGUUGGCUAAUGACUUUAGCACCUGGUUCGCUCACCACUUGGGAUGCCGUAGCUAAGAAAUUUUUGGAGAAGUUUUUCUCUACUCAAAAGACAGCUACUCUGAGAGGGCAAAUCUUUAACUUUAAACAAGAUGAUGGAGAACCUUUCAAUGAAUGUUGGGAGCGUUUCAAAGGGCUGUUGCUGCAAUGUCCACAUCAUGGGUUACCUCUUUACUUACAAAUGCAAAUUUUUUAUGAUGGACUAACCCAAACAUGUCAAUCGACUGUUGAUAAUGCAGCAGGUGGAGCUUUGAAGAAAAAAAAUGCUCAAGAGUCAUAUAACAUUUAUGAGAUGUUGGGAUCUAAUGCUCAACACAAAGAUACAAGAGGUAAACGAGUUGGAGUGUAUGAAAUGAGUUCUAAUAAUGAUCUUGCCUUGCAGGUGGCUAGUUUGGAAAAGAAGCUCGAUUCCAUGCUCAAUAUGGUGCCUAAGAUAGCUGAGGUGUGUGCCAUUUGCAACAUACCAGGUCAUCCGACUUAUCAAUGCUCAGUUAGUGAGGCUUAUCCCGAGUUCGUUCAAGAGCAAGUGAAUCUCAUGAAUUCUUACAAUCAGAGGCCGAGGAAUGACCCGUUCUCUAAUACAUAUAACCCUGGUUGGAGAGAUCAUCCCAAUCUCUCAUGGAAGAAUAACAAUCAAUUUCAAAAUUUCCAACCAAAGCCUGCCACUACGCUUGAAGAUACGGUCAAAAUGCUAGCUCAAAACACCGUUCAGUUCCAGCAAACUACCAAUAGUACUCUCCAACAACAUUCGGCUGGUCUAACCAAAAUGGAGACACAAUUAGGUCAGAUUGCUGAUGCUUUGAGUCAAAGAGAACCCGGAAAAUUUCCAUGCCAACCGAUGAUACUUCAAAGGAACCAAGAGCAAGCCAAAGCGGUCAUAACACUUAGAAGUGGUAAGGUUAUUAAUAAUGGAGUUGGCAAUGAAGUUACUAAUGAAUCUGAUCAUGUGAAUGCAGAAAUUUUUGAUAUUUUAAGUAAAGUGAAUGUUAAUUUACCUUUGCUGGAUGUCAUUAGGAAUAUAUCAGCGUAUGGGAAAUUUUUCAAGGAGCUAAAUACUUAUAAGAGGAAGUAUGGACCUAAUGAGAAGGUGAUGGUGUCUGAAAAUGUGAGUGCUGUGCUUCAAAGAAAGCUCCCACCAAAACUCAAGGAUCCGGGCAGUUUUUCUAUCAAUAUCACCAUUGGAGACAAGCUAGUUGAAAAGGCUAUGCUUGACUUGGGGGCUAGCAUCAAUUUGAUGCCCUAUUCAGUGUAUCUUCAAUUAGGUUUGGGGGGUUUGAAGGCAACAACUAUUUCAUUGCAACUUGCUGAUCGAUCAGUGAAAUAUCCAAGAGGUAUAGUGGAAGAUAUCUUAGUUCAAGUUGACAAACUAAUUUUGCCUGCUGAUUUUGUAGUGUUGGACAUGGAAGAGGUUCCUCUACAUGAUCGUGAGUUACCUAUUUUGCUUGGGAGACCCUUUAUGGCCACGGCAAAGACGAUCAUAGAUGUGCAAAAUGGUCUCCUCACCAUGACUGUGCUAGGAGAAACUGUACAAUUCAAAGUGUUUGAAUCUCUUUCUCACCCUUCUAGUUCAAUUGAUUGUUGUUCGAUUGAUGUGCUUGAUUCACUUGUUUUCUCUAAGUUUUUGCUGGCACAAUCCAAUGAUCCAUUACAAUAUGUUUUGAGUCAAUCUCAAAAUGACUUUGAUGAAGAAGUGCUCAUGGAGAUGGUGGCUGCCUUGGAAGCAUUAAAACAAUAUCCCUCCACGUUUUUGCCUCUUAUAGAGCCAUUAGAACCGUCUGCCACACAUCUGAUCCCUUCUAUUGUUAAACCUCCAAAACUUGACCUUAAACCACUUCCAUCACAUCUAAAAUAUGCUUACCUAGCUGAGUUUGAAACUCUCCCAGUUAUAAUAGCAUCUGAUCUCACCCCUUUGGAAGAAGAUAAGCUAAUUAGGGUGCUAAAAGAGUUCAAAUCAGCCAUUGGUUGGUCUAUUGCAGAUAUCAAGGGAAUAAGCCCUACCAUGUGUAUGCAUCGAAUUUUAUUGGAGGAGGGAGCGAAACCAACUCGUGAACCACAAAGAAGGCUCAAUCCACACAUGAAGGAAGUAGUGAGAGCUGAAGUGCUGAAGUUGCUAGAUGUGGGUAUCAUAUACCCGAUUUCUGAUAGCAAAUGGGUCAGCGCUGUUCACGUAGUGCCUAAGAGGAUUGGAAUCACAGUGGUAAAAAAUGAGCAUAAAGAGCUUGUUCAAACGAGACCUGCAGCUAGUUGGCGUGGUAUUGAAGUUGACAAAGCAAAAAUUGACAUCAUCUCAAAUAUGGCAGCCCCUGCUUCAGUGAAGGGAGUGAGAAGCUUUCUAGGACAUGCUGGUUUUUAUCGUCGUUUCAUUAAGGAUUUUUCCAAGAUCACUCAUCCAUUGUGCAAUCUUUUGGCCAAAGAUGUUGUAUUUCACUUUGAUAAAGAUUGUAUGAAUGCAUUUAAUACCUUGAAACGUGAACUAACCUCUGCUCCUAUCAUUAUGGCACCAGAUUGGUCUUUGCCUUUUGAGCUAAUGUGUGAUGCCUCUGACUAUGCUAUUGGUGCUGUUUUAGGUCAAAGAGUAAAUAAGCUGCCACACGUAAUCUACUAUGCAAGUCGGACGUUAAACGAUGCUCAACUCAAUUACUCUACAACUGAGAAGGAGUUGCUUGCUGUUGUGUUUGCUUUAGAGAAAUUUCGUUCAUAUCUUGUUGGCUCUAAAGUUAUUGUUUACUCUGAUCAUGCAGCUCUUAGGUUUUUGUUGACCAAGAAAGAUGCUAAACCACGUUUGAUCAGAUGGAUACUCUUGUUACAAGAGUUUGACCUAGAAAUUCGAGACAAGAAAGGGAGUGAAAAUGUUGUUGCUGAUCACUUGUCGCGCCUUGUUGAUGAAAACCAUGGAGAUGGACAAAUUUUGCCUCUCAACGAAUCAUUCCCGGAUGAACAACUCUUUGUCAUUCAAGAUAAAGAGCCAUGGUAUGCUGAUUUUGUCAAUUAUCUUGCUUCUGGUGUAAUUAGAGAUGAUUUGACUUUUCAGGAGAGAAAGAAGUUCUUUUCAAUGGUGAAACACUACAUGUGGGAUGAGCCCUAUUUGUUUAAGUAUUGCCCUGACCAAAUCAUUCGAAGAUGUGUUCCAGAGAGUGAGCAGCGAAGCAUACUAACAUUCAGUCAUGCAUUGGCAUGCGGAGGUUAUUUCAGUGCCAAAAAGACAGCUUUAAAGGUUUUACAAUCUGGUUUCUUUUGGCCUACAUUGUUUAAAGAUGCUUUUGAUUUUAGCUCUAAGUGUGAUAGGUGUCAGAAAAUGGGCAGCAUCAGUCGCAGGAACGAAAUGCCAUUAAACAACAUUUUAGUGGUAGAGCUGUUUGAUGUGUGGGGAAUUGACUUCAUGGGACCAUUCCCAUCUUCUUUUGGAUACAUAUACAUACUAGUGGCAGUAGAUUAUGUAUCAAAAUGGGUUGAGGCAACAGCUACACGAACUAAUGAUCACAAAGUUGUUUUGAAUUUUCUCAAAGAUAUGAUUUUCACAAGGUUUGGAACUCCGAGAGCUAUCAUUAGCGAUGGUGGCAGUCACUUCUGCAACAAACCUUUCGAGGCAUUGAUGAAGAAGUACAACAUCACACAUAAAGUGGCAACUCCAUACCAUCCUCAAACCUCUGGACAAGUGGAAAUCAGCAAUAGAGAAAUAAAGAACAUCUUGAUGAAAACCGUCAGCCCUACAAGGAAGGAUUGGUCACUAAGACUGAAUGAUGCACUUUGGGCACAUCGAACAGCGUACACAUGUCAUCUGCCAAUGGAGCUCGAGCACCGUGCAUAUUGGGCCAUAAAGAAGUUCAAUUUUGAUCUCAAAGAAGCUGGUACAGUGAGGAAGUUCCAACUCAAUGAGUUGGAAGAGCUCAGAAAUGAAUCAUAUGAGAAUGCAAGGAUCUACAAAGAACGAACCAAGCUCUACCAUGACAAAGCAAUUCUUAGGAAGGAGUUUCAACCAGGUAUGAAAGUACUUUUGUAUGACUCACGUUUGCGACUGUUUCCAGGUAAAUUGAAGUCUAGAUGGGUUGGACCAUUCAAAGUGCUUCAGGUAUUUCCCCAUGGAGCUAUGGAGAUAGAAAACAUCAAGAAUGGCACCCGUUUUAAGGUCAAUGGACAGCGUUUGAAGCCUUAUUUGGAGAAUGUUUCACAGGAGCAGGUUUAUGUCGUUAUAGAUUCUCUCGAGUUUAUGGCAACUCAGACACACUACCAUGUCUUGCCUAGACAUUAA